UUAAAAUACUAAACAACGGUCUGAUUUUAAAUUUAUUUCGAAAUAUGAGCCCGUAUUUAUAUAUAACAUGGUGUGGGCCAAAAGUCAGUUAACCGUUCUAAAAAAAACUAAAUCACUCUACUUUUCAAAUGCUUAACGAGCAGUUAACUGACUUUCGGGCCAAUCUUUACGUAUCUUAUAUUUAAAUUGUUUAUUAUAUAUCGAGAAAAACUUUUUUAUGUUUAUAAUAAACGAACGUAGAGGAGUUUCUCGAUACGCUUCUUUAUUAGGAAUCCAUUGGCCCAUAGAAACGUUCAGCGUAACGAGAUACACAAAGCAAAACUUUGACAGUAGGCCUCACAUUAGUCAAAUUUGAUAAGGUGGUUGUUUCUAUUUUUAAAAAAUUAUAUAAUUAAAUAGCUGUGGACUGUUUUUCGCAAUUAAAGUCGCGAACAGGAUAUACGAACGAUUAAGCAUAUUCUGUACUAGUAGAAGGACCUGACGAAAAAUAAUAGAAUUAGCACAUAGUCGAAGCGAGCCUUAUGAAAUAAUAGAAAACGGCAUAAACUUUACGAUUACGCGGUUUUAAUUUCGUAGAUCAGCUUACCCCGAAACGACAUCGUUACUAUUUUAAUUUCUGUACCAAUUUCGGUAAUUAAUAGACAAUAUAACUUCGGAUGCUGCUAAUCUCUUACUGGUAAUUACAGUCGAAUUGCCUUUACUAUAACACAGUGUAACAGAAUUACUACAAAAGUGCUCCAUAGAUUGAAUUGCGAGCUUAUAAUUUCGUUAAAUUAAGAUUUUAAAUUAUACAUUUAUACACUUAUAAACGCUUCCAAACUGGUUAAUUUUGGCAAUUUUAACGUGUUUCUUCGUUACUUCCGCAGCUUUUAAAACGUCGACGUUUUAAAGAUAGAAGAAUUGAUUAACUAGUGUGACGAGUGGAUACUUUUUGUGUACCGUGCAGGCCACGUGUCCGUCACGAGGUCUCGCUUCUCUUCUUUCGACAAUUAGUUCACAAUUUUAAAGAUGGCCAUCUUGGAAUCCAACAGUGAAGAACCCUCGGAUUACAAAGGUCCUUCCUGAAAUCUCCCGCUGCGCUUCCUAUUAUUAAUUGGAUACACUACUUAUUAUUUUGUUACGUCACGAACUAUUUUUUUAAAAAAAAGUAAUAGGUAUGGCCGUCUUUUGACCUUUUAUAAAGGUCAGAUAUCGAGAUAUCGAAGCUUUUAUGGGGGAAUGGAUUGUGUUUUUCAAGGGGGGACUUGAUUUAGACGUUGAAUUUCCGUUUAAGGAAUCAAAAUUCGUUUGAUUUUUUAUUUAUUUAUAAGUGUAGAUUUAAAAUGAUUUUUAGCUUACGUGUUAAAAAAACACCUGAUAUAAAGGGAUUACACGUGCAUAAAAUCAUAAGAUAUAGGCCUUAGAUCCCUACAUAUAUACAGGUUUUAUUAAUUAAAAAAUGGUUUUGUGUAUGUUAUACAUUGAAUUUUAUCUUGUAAAUUGAGGUUCGAGUGAGUAAUAAGUUAAACAGAUAUUGUUACUCUUUUAGUAGCUUGAUAAUAGACGAACUUUCGUAGAUAAGCUCAUAGGCCUACGCAUGAUUAGAUAAGAAGGCGGCCUCUUCGUUAAGGGGCCUCAAAUAAUAACAAUAAAAUUGUUUUUAUUCGAUCUGAAAUAUUUUUAAAAUCAACAUUUUCAAGAUAGAAGAGCCUAAGUUUUUGCAUCCCCUUUGAAUGGACAGCAUAGGAAUUUGAAUUGCUAUUUUUUUUUUUAAAGAAAUGGUGGACGAAAAGUCGGUUAACUGUUGCAAAAGCUAAAUUAUUAUCUUGUUUAAAUACUAUUACUCUUAAACUAUGCAAAAAUCAGUUAUCUGAUUUUUGGGCCGCUCUGUACGUUUGCAUUAACAAGGUUUAAUUUUCUUUGUUGAUUUUGAAUAGGGCCUGUGAGAUAUGUGAUAGGGCCCUAUUAUUUACCGGGAGAGGGGUAAGAUAUCCCAUAAAUGUGAAACCUUAUCCCCUCUCCCCGAGCCUUAAUAUAUAAAUAAAACAAAUAGAAGCAUUUUUAAUCACUUAUCAAAACGAACGUUAUCGUGUUUUUUUUUAUAUAAAAGAUUAAAUUUUGGGACUCCCUGUCCAGGAUUCGGAUUAAAAGGCCCUGACGGUAUCUUCUCUACCCUACUAUGGCAAUUAUAUUGAUAUUAAAUUAUAGUUUGUCAAUAAAAAAAAUUACUGUUCUCACUUCAGUAAUAACUGGCUGGAUGGUAGAGGGACCCAAUAACCUAAUCCGUUCGCCCUCUACCCCAUUCCACCCUGUAAAAGUAAAGUAACAAGUGGGAAUAAAGAUAAGAGGACAUCUAAUCAUCACCUCGCGCGCAUCUGUUCAUCAUCAUGUUCAAUGUUUGUUAUUAAUGCAUCGCGAUAGACAACUGCAAUCGGAUAGCAUUUCUCUUGUAACCUAUGCAAACAAUCAAUAGAGGGUUGUUAAGGAUUGAACUCGUUUCUUUCCCUCCCUACGGUUGUCUUUUUCCGAACGAUUUAAUUCUGGGUUCGAUUACCAGUUAACAAAUGGGCCGUCACUAACUGUUGGCUCGCGUCACGCAGCGGAAAAUCCCAAUAAUUUUCAUUAACUUGCUUAAUAGUUAACUUAAUUACUUCUUGUUUCCCCCUAGUCUUAUGGCAUAACGUCCUGUCUGGUUGUAUGUCCGGUUCUGCCUUUCUUCUGUACGGCAUUGGGUGACCGGUCCGAUAACCUAUUCUCUCCCUUUGGUAUUGUUUAUCGAAUCAGUGUGUAGAUUGUUUAUUUUUCCUGUUUCUUCUUCCGUCUUCAAAGGAUUCAAGUUUUAAUCUUUGUUUUCUUAUGUAUUUAUAUAUUUUUAGAUACAUUUUUUUUUCUUUUUUUUUUAAAUUUCAUCGUUUAUCUCGCAUCAGUUUAUGAUGAGGUCGAAGGUCUUGCAAAGGACUUGAAGCAUUCAAUUUUAGGAGGCUUCAAAAUUUGAAAUGUUCAGAUCUUAUCGUUUAUUGAAGACAUCAAAACAGUUUUUUCCCUCGUCACAUUUUGAAUGUCAGCAGUGUUUUUAAGCCCUCAUCAAUGUAGAGUAUCAAACUAGCUGCUUAAAAAAAACACACACAGAGAAACUCCUCGACGUGUCUUCAAUUUUGGCUUCAAAAACUUCAGAUUUUACAAGCCAAAAUUGCAGAACUCUCGUUAAAUCAUUUUUUGAAGCCUAAAUUUUGCAGCAUUCUUGUAAAAUCCGAUAAACUUUGGCAGUUUUUGCAGGUGAAAUUUAUAUCCUAAAAAUACCAAAACACUGAUAAUCGAAAUCACACCAUUAUUUGAUAUCACGUGCGGAAUCAAGGCCAUCAACGAAACCCAGAAAAAAAACGGGCUUUAAAAAAAUAAGAAAAAAAAAUCAGUGCCGAUGACAAGAUUCCAAAAUGUAAAUUCCCCAACAACACCCUGAAAAAACAGAAGAAAGUGAACGGGAAAAAAAUCAUUUCACUCACUCUGCUCCUCGUCUACUCCCCACAACACGCCAAAAAGCAAAACAGACCAGACCACGUGACCAUCUUUACUCAACCGUCCAGAUCGAGGCGCGUGGCGAUUGGCUGGAGGAUUCGGGGUGACGUCACGUGUUGCUAAACAAACGCACGAUGUCAUCGGGAGACCGAGUAAAGUAAAGCAAAGCCUCCGGACCAUCAGGAUCGCAUGUGAGCGCUUCCCCAUUACAGGGAGUGGAUGAAGAUUGACGUCAUUGUUAACCUCAUGGCAUGCAGUAAAACGGACGACGGUCACUGUCACGUGAUUGCGAUACAGCACUCCUCUUCCGAACCUCACAUUCACCGGAUCGCCAUGGAGAGAAGGUGCGACCUGCACAGGUGGUGCUCGUCCCCCGCUCACCUGUCCGACAGCUCCUACUUUAUCUUGAGUGCUGCACAUCCCUGCUCCUCCGUUAGGAACGUCGCCACGCAGACGGUGGACAGAAGUCAGUCAGAAAACGCACACAGGCAGCACUCGCCUAGGACAUCGGAGGGUCCUCUACCGGAUUUGGUACAAGCGAGGUCCACGAGAGAGAGGAGAAGUAACAUGGCGUACGCGGGGAGGAUGUUGAGAAGUAUGGCUGACGAUUUUGAUUCCUAUUCUCGAAGCACACUUCAAGCCGAACUUGAGGGUUUCUCUCCGCUCAGCUGGUUGAGAAGUCUUUACCAUUUGAUCUUUCGGUGACCGUGACCGAAGGAGUGAUAAAGAACCCCGUCCUUUUUUUAGUAUUUCAGUCACGUUGGUGACUUCGACUGCCAUGGACAAUUAUGAGAACCCGUUGAACACGUUUGCAAAAGUGAAUUUCACUUUCUUUUUUUUUUUUAUUUGGUCCUUUUCUUUUCGAAAACGUAACAUUACUUUCCACUUCCAAAAAAAAAACCACCAACCCAACAGAUUGAAAUUUUCGUGUCUGUGCCAGUCAACAUCAUUAAUAUAUAUAUAUACACAUUAGCAGGCUAAAUCUAGUCACUUUUUGGUCACACGAGCUCCUUCCCAACAUCGAAGGGGGCUCCCAUUUUCCUCCUCGAUGAUCCGGAAUUUUCGGAUAUUCGAGGUGAGCUCCUACUUAAUGCUUCUCUACUUUUAAUGACUCCUUCCCAACGGUUCCCUCUCGCAAUCUACACUGCCAAAACGAACAAAUUUGCCAAAAAAAAUAUACCCGUUUAGACUAAAAAAAAAAAAAAUUGCCAAUUUUUAGCUUCAUCCCAAAAUAGGUGCCAUUUUUAUUAUUAUUAUUUCUUUGUAAUCUCUUAAUUAUUUCUAAUUAUUAAACCGCAAAUAAACAAAAAAAAA